ACUGAUCCUGAUAAAAUAAUUUUUUGAUCGAAUGAAGGUUAAUAAAGUGGAAAUUUGAAGUAAUUGUUCAUGUCCACAGUUUCUUUCUAGUCUUUGUAGUAAAAAUUAAAAAUACUAUACUAUAAGGAACAUGGAUCCAGUCGUUAAAUAUGGAGAACCCGGAAGAAUUUCGCCUCUCAUAAGGUUCAGUCGAUGGACUGCUUUAGCCUUGGGAAUUUCUUACGGUGUGUUUCGAAGUGGAUACAUCCAGAGACGUGCCGACCGACUAAAGGACCUUCGUGAUAAGAGGAUUGCUGCAAGAUUAGAACGAGAAAGGCUCGAGGGCAUAGAAGCGAAGAAAAGGGAAGUUGCGUAUUUGGAAGAAACUCUUGGAACGAAAUUCACUUAAAAUGGAUGUUGGUAUUAGGAUUUAUAUGUUACGUUAAAAUACAAGAAUGUGAAAUUAUUUAUUUCAACUUGUUGUUAUUUGUUUGAGUAGUAAUCGCUGAAUCUACGUGCUGAAUAUAAUUUUUAUGUACAUACUACAAAAAUGCAUUCUUUAUAAAUGAAAAAAAUUAUAUCUUAGUGCCAAUAAAACGUUGAAAAAUAUCAGCAUAAUUAAA